AUGUACUAUUACAUAGAUGGCUCCGUAACUUUCGGCUUGGAUAAGACCAGUCUCGGAAGGUGCUUUUCGUCGCGUCAAAGCAACGAGUCGCAGUGUCCGAUGCUGUCCGGCAAGAUGUCAAUCAAGACGCCGGCGUCCCAGCUAAAACAGCCCAAAUCAAACUUGUUAACGUCAAUAAAAGCCUCGCCGAAUAUAAAUACGAACCAAAAGAAACUGCGCUUCCAAUUAGCGAAAGAGAGAAAGGCAAGUACGACGUUAGGUAUAAUAAUGAGCGCUUUUACGAUAUGUUGGCUACCUUUCUUCGUACUCGCCCUUAUAAGGCCGUUUCUAGAUCCCACCUCUAGCACAUUAACAACGUUAUCGAGUUUAUUUCUGUGGUUAGGAUACGCAAACAGUUUACUAAAUCCAAUAAUCUACGCUACUUUAAACAGAGACUUUAGAAAACCUUUUCAGGAAAUUCUUUAUUUCCGUUGUGGUAGAUUAAACCAUAUGAUGAGGGAGGAAUUCUAUCACAGUCAAUAUGGUGAUCCGGAUCAUCAUAUUUCAACCCGUUGCCAUUUAGAUUACGAGGAAGGCGUCGAGUAUAUUGAAGCGGAGGGCGAGGAAAUAAAAGUGCCGGAAAUAAAUGCUGCUCAUGAAUCGUUCCUAUGAUUGAAACCGGAAGUGGACGUUUAUAAAAGGAAGUGAGGUGGUAAUAGUGUGAUAUAUUACUCUUAUUCAAGAUUUAUGUAAUUCUUCAUUCCGCGACUAGGGUUUAUGUAUAUAUACCUAGGUUUAUGUACACUUUUGAAGGGAUCGGCCAUGUUCCUUAUCUUGAUCUCGUUAACAAUCGUGAUAUUAAUAUUAUACAUACCUACUCCGCUAUAUUCAUAUUGUAAGGCAAAAAAGUUAAUCUUCCAACAAGGAUGAAUCCUACGUUAUGUUCGCAACAAGAAUUUCAAUUUUUUGCUUGAGUAAUUUUUAAUCCGCAUGUAUACCUAAAAGACUUAAAUAUUUCAAUUUUGGUUAGAGCACGGUUUACCUACUCUAAAAACGAUACCAGUUCGCUACGUUUUUAUUUUUCUAUUUGGAAAUUUAAUAGAACAGAACCGAAAUUAUUUACAAUUGCCAUUUUGUAAACCAACACAUCCCCUAGAGAUAAAUCAAUUAAUAAUAUGAAUGGCAAUUAUAGCAGUCUGCGCGAUCAACGACUCUAUGGCAGUACAUAGAAACGGAUUGGAACGCGAUUCGACAACCGAUACAUUACACAAGUAAAGAAAGAUAUGUGUAUUUCUGGAUCGUAGAAAUUCGUUUUACUUUCAUAAAUAACUAGGAAAUUCACUUCUCUUGAUAUCGGUCACGUCGCGUUGCUUCCAUCAAACUCUAUUGUUUAGUAAUUACUUAUUUUACAGUCAGUCAAAACAAUCGUUGUACUUACGGUCAUCCACAAAACGCUGGGCCAGCUAACUCUAACAAAUCUAAAUUGAAAUUGAAUUUUUAUAAUUUCCCCUCGUACACUUCCGGCAUCUGCGACAAAGAAAAAUUCCAAUAUUGUCUUCAAUUAACGUUUUAUAAGACUCUGUGGCCUCGAUCAACUCAAAUCUUGGAUACGAGAAGGUAAAGCUGGCAUUAAGACCCUAUUCGGGUCGCACAAUGGGUUCGAAAAACACACAAUGACAAAAUUUUAUUGUCAAACACAUGAAAAGAAAAUUAAACAAAAUUCUUGAAAAAAAGAAAUCCGUAAGCUUCUUUGGACAAAUUACCCCGCCAGCAGGUAUUCGACAAAUGAAACAAGCAAAUCUUAAUAUUACUUAGUUUUUUUUCUCUUUUAAUAAUCUUUAUAAUGAAGAUUUGCGAUAACUAAGGCGUCUUUAACUCCACACACAGACGCUCAUAGCUUCUAAACUUGAUUUUUCUUUAACACACAAAUGUUGAUGACAGACAACAUUAACUGGAUGGGUAAAAUGACCGGUGACUAUUCAAACGGUACAAACCUUUAACUUUUAAGAACAAGAAAACCUGAUGCACCAACAGCUUGCUUUUUCAACUUGACAGACAUUUUCCAUAAAACGUACAUACCACUUUAAACUUCUCACGCAACUUUUGUUAAGUUGCUCCUGCACAAAAUUUAUUGCGAUAAAGACAAACUACGUUUUCAACUAAUCAAAUCGGGCGGACUACCCGAAUAACGUAAAAGACGUACAUGCUUUCCAACCGUCGCGAACCAGGUAGCCUCGUUUUUUCGGUGAUUCCCAGUAUUUAACGAAACCCCACUUCCACAAUAGAAUAACCUCCUUCCUCAGGACUUCUAAAUAACACCGCCAGUCAUAAUUAGACUGGAUAUGUCAGCUUCACAGAAACCCGUCCCCACUUACGCCAAACUAAGGCACACAUAGUAACAUCUGCCUCUCCGUUAUUUCUUCUAGCAGCGAUAAAAACACGUGCGAUAAUUAAAUCUCGUCACAAAACCUCUUAUCCCAAACCACCUGCAAUUUAAUACGCUAUUUCACGUUAUACAAUUAAAUACACAAACCUAAACAAACAAUUUACAAAAGCGAUAGACUUUAAACAAAAAAAUCAUACGAGAUUACAAACAAUUGUAAAAGGAAAAAUAACACUGAGAUAAAUUCAAAUAAAAUCAAUCAACUCUGUGCUUACUCGUAAAUAAUUCCCCAGAUUUACACUUAAUAAAAUGAAAUAUUCCCACAUACAGAGUGUCCCGUGAUUAUUUUUGGUGUUUAGACCGAAAGAACUAAACGUAAAUUACACAACAGUAUAAUAUAGUACUUACCUUUAUUUUAUUCUUCUUUAUCUCCUAUGACUUAUGGUAAACCUACUUAAAUUUUACUCGUUGUUUUGCCCAAAUUGAACCGUAGAUGUGUUUUGUAGCUAAUUUGAUUUGUCACGCUUUCCACUUUCAUUUAUUAUGUCUCUUGUGUUUGUUUUUAUGAAUUUGUUUAACUGCAUUGGAUUCGA